AUGUCAUACCCAACAACAUACUGUGGCAACACGCAAUGUUCUUCGGAUUCUCUUUGCUAUAUCACUGAAAAUUCGCUUACUUGUUCAUCUUCUCCAAUAUCGUCUUGGAGAUUGAAUUCGACGCUGUUUCCUCCCAUCGAAUACGUCGGACUCACACCACCAGGUGAUUCUUCAGAUGCAGCAUGUGAAAACCUGCAGAUAAAGAACGACACUAUUAAAUCACAAGUAUCCGAAUGGGCGUCACAGUUCUGGACACCGGGCAAACUUCCAAUAGCGGGAACAUUUUAUAAUCCACUUGAAAUCGGAUCAUGCAUAGACGAUUUGAGUGGCAACCAGCCAAAUCUUUACUGUAAAGCAGGGAAAUGCAAGCCGAAAUUGCAAAUUUAUGACCUAUGUUUGUCAUCUAAUCAUUGUCUCACUUAUAUCUGUGCCAUAUCUGAGGCUUCACAACAGACAUGUCAACCGGAUCCAUUUGGAAAGCAAAUACUUAAACAACUCACUGGCAACUUUAGCCGGCCGGCAAACGUUCAUUAUCUUGGCCCACCCCCCCAAACGCAACCAAGCGCAGGUCAAGUAAUAGCAAUAGCUAGCUGCGUGGUAAUUUUGCUGACGUCGCUCCUAACAAUAAUGUAUGCUAAAAAGAUAUGCAAAAAGCACGAUGAAGCCACACAGGAUGCUGACAAUAGAGUAGGGUCGCGCAUACGGCGGGGUGCCAGUCUUUUACUCAGUGGUUCAAUAUUAACUAGGCAGAAUAGCUCGGCUACAUUACCGCGAUACACGGUUGAGGGUGAUCCUUCAAUGCUGGAACAGUUAUUGAAUUGGUUUAUGCCACCCGGAGAAUUGCCUCCUACGUAUGAGAGUGUGGUUGAGAACGAGAAUAGCAAUAUAGAUGGCAGACAAGGAGGAAGAACCUACGACACGGCAGAUCUGGAAGCAGAUGCCGGUGAGGGGAGUAGAAGUAGCGGAGACGUUUCAGAAAGAUCCGGCGAAAACGAGGGAGGAGAGGAGGCUUCAAGUGAACCCAACAAUGGCAUUGAAACUGACAACAAUCGAGCUCAGUCUUCACGCGCUACUUCUUUGAUUACUGAUAAUAAUGAGGAGGAUGAAGAAACAUAUAGAAGAGUAUCGAUGAGUAGUAGCCGUAACGCCGACGAUGACAAUGCUGACGAGACCACGGUACUGAAUAGAGAUACUGAAGAGUCAUGA